AUGUCGCGGGAGGACACCACAACACUAUCUAUCUAUCUAUCUAUCUAUCUAUCUAUCUAUCUAUCUAUCUAUGUUACUACUCAUCUAUCUAUCUAUAUAUCCAAAGUGGUGUUCUAUCUAUCUAUCUAUCUAUCUAUCUAUCUAUCUAUCUAUCUAUCUAUGAAAGAAAAAUACAGAAAAAACAAAAAUCUGAAUAUGCAUUUAUUCUAUCUAUCUAUACUUUUCUGUAUAUUCAUAGCUAUCUAUCUAUCUAUCUAUCUAUCUAUACUUUUCUGUAUAUUCAUAUCUAUCUAUCUAUCUAUCUAUCUAUCUAUCUAUCUAUGUCUGUUCUUGCUCUCAGAUCUUCUUUCCUUCCUCCUUCUUUUUUCUUUCUUUUUUCUACCUGUUCCUUAUUUAUCUAUCUAUCUAUCUAUCUAUCUAUCUAUCUAUCAAUCUAUCUAUCCCUGCCCGUGUCUAUCUAUAAAAAUAGUACAUUAUCUAUCUAUCUAUCUAUCUAUCUAUCUAUCUAUCUAUCUAAAUCUAAAUGUAUCUAUCUAUCUAUGUCUGUGUAUAUCUAUCUAUCUAAAAUUAUAUCUAAAAUAUCUAUCUAUCUAUCUAUCUAUCUAUCUAUCUAUCUAUUCCUGUCCGUAUCUAUCUAUCUAUCUAUGUUGUCCCAAAUUAUCUAUCUAUCUAUCUAUCUAUCUAUCUAUCUAUCUAUCUAUCUAUCUAUCUAUCCCUGCCCGUAUCUAUCUAUAUAAUAUAUUUAAAAAUAUAUCUAUCUAUCUAUCUAUCUAUCUAUCUAUCUAUCUAUCUAUCUAUCUGUCUGUCUCUUCUUAA